AUGCCUCCCACUACCGUCACGCUGCUACCAGCGUGCGCCGUGUUGCUGCUGUGUUGCCGUCUCUCGCCGGCGGCCGCGGCGUCGGCGUCGCCCGGCGAUGUCGGCGGAGGCGGGGCCAGGCGGGUGCUCCACCAGCCAUUGUUCCCAAUCGAGUGGACGCCGCCGCCGGCGCCGCCGCCUCCGCCGGCGCCGGACUUCACCUCCGACCCGGCGACGCCGGACGGGCCUCCUGGCGACUUCUUCCCUCCGGCGCCACCGACGGCGCCUGCUGGCGGCGGAGGCACGGCGACGACGUCCUCGACGCCGACCACCGUCGCCGCCAACGUCCCGAGCGCCUCGUCAGGGUCUGGUGAUGGCGGCCACCACGGCGGCCCUGCGAAAGGGACCAUCAAGCUGCUCGGCCCCGACCGCGGGUCCGCGCGCCACCACUCUGCGCCCUCGGCCGCCGACUUCCUCUACGUCGGCACGGUGGAGCCCACCACGCCCGGCCGCCACCACGGGCCCACCGCCGCCGAUCUCGUUGGGUCCCCGUACCGCAAGCUGCGCACCGAGCGCGCGCGCCGCGGGGUGGGCCGCGACGAGCCCACCGACCACCCGAGCCCGGAGCUCCGGCCGCUCCCGCCGCUGCGCCGCGCGGCCACAGUGGGCUCCUCUGACGACGAUGCCUACUACACGCCGCGCCAGCGCCCGGCGGCGGCGGGGUUGGCGGCGAAACGUGGAGUGAUCUCGCCGUCCCCGCGGUCGGUGCAACCACCCAAAGCAGCGCCGCCGCCGCCACCACCUCCUCCACCGCCACCGCCGAAGUCUAUCACAGCUCCAAAACCUCCUCCUCCUCCUCCGCCGCUGCCACCAAUGAUUCCAUCUAAUACCCAACCGAAGCCCGCGCAGCCGCCUUCUGAACCGACGUCGCGCCGCCGGUUGCUCAAGCCGUUGCCACCUGAGGGCCCCCGCAUUGCCUUUCCUAUGCCGAUCACGGCGGCAACGGCAGAGGAUAGUAUCGGGAGCGCGUCAAUGCGUAAACAGGAUGACGUGGCAGACGGUAUCGUUGGCAACGGCGAGCCGCGGCCGAAGCUGAAGCCGCUGCACUGGGACAAGGUGCGAGCGACCUCCGACCGCGCCAUGGUCUGGGACCAGCUGAAGUUGGAUGAGGACAUGAUCGAGGCAUUGUUCAUGAACAACUCAACGCCAGCCGCACCGCCGAGAGAUGCGGGAAGGAAGUCCACCGUUCCACCAUUCAAGCAGGAGGAGAGGGUGCUCGACCCCAAGAAAGCGCAGAACAUUGCCAUCCUGCUCCGUGCAUUGAAUGUUACACGCGAUGAGGUCUCUGAUGCACUGUUGGAUGGCAACGCUGAAUGUUUGGGGACUGAACUUUUGGAGACUUUAGUCAAGAUGGCUCCUACUAAAGAGGAAGAACUCAAACUACGAGAUUAUAAUGGUGAUGCAUCGAAGCUUGGUUCUGCAGAGCGGUUUCUCAAAGCUGUGCUUGAUAUACCUUUUGCCUUCAAGAGAGUUGAUGCCAUGCUAUACCGAGCCAAUUUUGAGACCGAAAUAAAUUACUUAAUGAAAUCUUUUGAGACACUAGAGGCAGCCUGCGAAGAUCUUAGAGGCAGCAGGUUGUUCCUGAAACUCCUCGAAGCAGUGCUGAGAACCGGGAACCGGAUGAAUGUUGGCACAAACCGGGGUGAGGCACAAGCUUUCAAGCUUGACACUCUCCUAAAACUUGCUGAUGUCAAGGGCACUGAUGGUAAAACAACGCUGUUGCAUUUUGUCGUCCAAGAAAUCAUUCGAUCAGAAGAUGCAAAAUCAGAAAAAGAAAGUGCCAUGAUUAUUCAUAGCUCUAAAGAUGAGCAGUUACGGAAGCAAGGCCUGAAACUUGUCUCUGGGCUUAGCAGUGAGCUAGGAAAUGUCAAGAAAGCAGCUAUGAUGGACUUUGAUGUGUUGCAUGGUUAUGUUAAUAAGCUAGAAACAGCUCGAGAGGCAAUGCACUCAGGGCCAGAAGUUCUUUACAACAAUGCAAAGUUUUCUGAAGAAAGCCGAGAUGGAGAUAGAGAAAGUCAGAGGGAGGAGAAGAGGGCCUUGGUGAGAGUAAAAGACAUCACCGAGUACUUCCAUGGUGACACCUCGAAAGAGGAAGCGCACCCUCUUAGGAUAUUCAUGGUGGUAAGGGACUUCCUCUCGACAUUGGAUCAUGUCUGCAAGGAGGUUGGCAGGUUGCAGCAGGAUAGAACGGUCAUUGGGUCGGCCAGGUCUUUCCGCAUUUCAGCCACCUCACUGCCAGUUCUAAGUGUGUAUGGACAACGAAAGGAGAACAACUCUGAUGAUGACAGUUCAUCAUCCUAG